AUGGUUUCUCAAUAUAACAUUCGACAAUGGCGUGACAUUUCAAUGCUGCGAUUGUUUGAAGUAUUUAUUGAAUCAGCACCACAAAUGGUUCUUCAGCUGUAUAUUUUAGCAUAUAACAGGCAUUUUGACAAAGACAAUGAUUGGUUGACAGCACUUUCUGCUUGUUUCUCAUUGAUAUCUUUGGCAUCAUCAAUCGUCUGUUAUUACAAAGCCCUACGAGAUGCAUCUGAAAAUAAAGGCAAGAUGACAUGGUGGGCGUUUGCCUGUCAGAUUGCUUGGCGCAUAACGAUGGUGGCAUCACGUAUUGUUACCCUUGUCCUUUUUGCCUCAGUCCACAAAUCUUGGAUCCUUCUUUUCAUUUGUCUGCAUUGGUUUUUGAUGACGUUCUGGAUACGCUGGCAGAAGCCAUCUUUUGAUUCCAAUAAUAAAAUCCUAAAGUUUAUGUUCCCAAUCGUUGUGGGAUUCAUAUAUGUUUUUUGUUUUUUCAAUGUGAAAGAUGGGUUAACUAGAAAACGGUUGAUAUUCUUUUAUGCUUUAAUGUUUGUGGAGAACUGUGUCCUUAUGGGAUUCUGGUUACCUUACCGCCACGAGUAUGGUGUAGUAUUUGUGGCAGCUUUAGGAGUGGUACUUGGUGGUUUUUUUAUUGGUGUUAUUGCGAUGGUUUUGUAUUACCAUUGUUACCACCCUAGCUUAUCUACACACGGGAUAUUCUUCAAAAUGUUCCGAAUGGUGAAGUGGAACUGA